CGCCCGAAGCAAAGAAAAUAUCGAUGGUAACUGUGAUGGUAGUUGUAUGUAGAAAAAUAAAUAAGCCGUUUUGUGAUAAUUUUUGUGAAAAUAGGGCUGUUUCGCGUGGGGACGCAGCGUGAAAAUGUGGGCGAGCUUGAAAGCGAGCUAAUUCGGGCGGUGGCAAUAAAUUUUUAAUUAAAAAAAGAUGCAGAAAACAGGGUUUCCUGUGCAGCAGUUUUGGUUACAAAUUUUAAUGGAGUAAGUUAAAUAAAUGUGUAUUUAAUUUAAAAUUGAUUGUGUCCGGCAGGAUUUGCGAUGAAUUCGGUCGUUUGUAAUUGUUUUAAAAUUGAAUGAGCGUUGGGGUUGUUUGUAAUGUUAAUUAAUUAACGUGAGUGGUGUUGGUGUAGAGAAGGGAGGACGGGGCUCCUCCUAAACCAUUGAUAUGGUCACGAUGAACUCCGACAAGGCUGCCACCAAGCGCAAGCCGGAGCCUAACAAUGGGGGCUGUACCGGAACGAGCACUAACGAAGACGCUGUCCAAGCGCAAACCCCGUCUGUGGCUGAGGAGUCCCCCAACCACCUCUUGUACAAAAAGAUGGAAAAAAUUGUUGAGAAAAUGCAAGAUGAGACCACGGGGGUGCCGGUGCGUACUGUGAAGAGCUUUAUGUCUAAGAUCCCUUCGGUAUUCACAGGUUCUGAUUUAAUUAUGUGGAUGAUGAAAAACCUAGACGUUGAAGAUCAACAAGAAGCCUUACAUCUUGCACACCUUAUGGCUGCACACGGAUAUUUUUUUCCCAUCGACGAUCAUAUGCUUACUGUCAAAAACGAUAAUACUUUUUAUAGAUUCCAAACACCAUAUUUUUGGCCAUCCAACUGCUGGGAACCUGAGAAUACUGACUAUGCUGUCUACCUUUGCAAGAGAACAAUGCAAAAUAAAACACGAUUAGAGCUUGCCGACUACGAAGCCGAAAAUCUGGCUCGUUUGCAGAAAAUGUUCUCACGGAAGUGGGAAUUUAUUUUCAUGCAAGCGGAAGCGCAGAGCAAAGUUGAUAAGAAGAGAGAUAAGCUGGAGAGGAAGGUCUUGGACAGCCAGGAGCGGGCUUUCUGGGAUGUGCAUCGUCCAAUGCCUGGGUGCGUGAACACCACUGAGAUUGAUAUUAAGAAAGCGUGCCAAAUGAACAAACCUCUGCAUGGCUUGAAGAACAUGCACGUUGGUCCUCCACGUAUGUCUCCGUCAACAUCGGGUAUCAACAGUAAUAGUUCGCAAGACUUACUCAAGAAACAAAUCGCACUCUUAAAAUCUAGAUUAGAGAGACGAAACAUCAAAGUAUCGAAAGCGGCAGAAUCAUUUGUAGCUUAUUAUGAGCAGUAUUUGGAAUAUGACAGUUUUUUCGUUGCGCCCGAAUACCCAAACCCUUGGAUAUCCGAUAAUCCCGAACUGUGGGAACAGGAGAAACAAGCCAAAGACAUAUCAGCUCGUCGGGUGAAACGAUGGGCGUUUAGUUUGCAAGAGUUGUUGCAGGAUCCAGUCGGGAGGGAACAUUUUGUUAAGUUUCUUGAUAAGGAGUUUAGUGGAGAGAACCUCAAGUUUUGGGAAGCUGUCCAGGAACUAAAAGCGCUUCCUCAGAGCGAAGUCCAGAGUAAAGUCCAGGAGAUUUGGAUGGAGUUUUUGGCGCCGGAUGCAAGCUGUCCAAUCAAUGUUGACUGCAAGUCCUAUGAAAUCACUAAGAAGAAUAUGGAAAGCCAGGAUAGAUGGAGCUUUGACUGUGCAGCGGCCCACGUUUAUCACUUGAUGAAGAGUGACAGUUAUUCAAGGUACCUAAGAUCAGAAAUGUACAAGGAGUUUUUGAACGGAUCGAAGAAAAAAACUUCGGUGAAAGGGAUUCGCUCCAUCGUGUCAUUUUCAGCACGUAAAGACAACGUAACUUAAAUUUAAAAAUCGAAAACAAUUACGUGAGUCUCAAAAUUUCAUUCUAAUUAUGACUUAUCCAAAUAUUGGUAAGUUCAUCUAUCGACAAUACAAAUAUUGCCAGUGGCAGAUUUUUGUUGACUUAAUUGUUUGUAACAAAAGUUGGACAACUUUGCUUGUUAUAAAUGUCAAAACUAUUAUGUUUACCUAUUCCGUAUAUAUUUUUUGGAACAAGUUAUGCAUGGCGUUUAGUAAAUUGAUAUUCAUAUAAUGAUGGAACUCAUGAUAUUAAUUGUGUUGUUGUUUUAACAGCUAUAGUGACCCAGUGAUAUUAUUUUAGUAACAGUCCGUUCUUAUGAUAUUAAAAGUGUAAAUAAGGUUACUAGCACUGAAACGGUUUAUUGCUAUGUGAUACUUGCACAAACAAGUUUGAUUUUCAAAAUAACUAUAUAUUUAUAUAACAAAGGAAAAUAGCGAGUGUACAUAAGUGUGUAUAUAACGUUAUUAUUUGGACUGUGUCACUGUAUCUGUUACAAAUUAAUUUGUAGUUGAUUUAAAGUCUGUGCAGUGUAGUUAUACCACUUUGAGGCAUUUAGUAAAAAUAAAACACUGCCAUAUACAAAUUAACUAAGUUUAGUUAAUGUAUGAAAACAAUUGUAUAUGUGAGCGCUACCUAUAUUUUUUUUAAUUAAUUUAUUUAGCUCAGGUGUACGCUAUAGUAUUAGUAAACGAGAAUAGGCCGCACCAAUUUUUUUCCUCAGACAGUGCAAUUACAAUAUCACCAAAUCUAGUGCUUUCAUUCAUUUGUAUAGGUUCAAAAUGCCAAAUGGUUUUAUAUUUGGGGUUUUAUAGUGUACCCACGACACUAGAUUAAAUUUUCUCAAUAUUGGUGUACAAUGCUUAGGAAAUAUACUGAUAAUUAUGUUAUAAAGGAAUUGAGCCAUAUUAUCUCAUUGAUUAUCCAUAUGUAGAUGGGUGAUUCCACACAGAAUUCCAAUAAAUUAUAUCAUACGAA